AUGGUUCGCCUUUCAAUUCUCGCACUCGCUUCUUCCCUGGCGAUGGCCGUGGCCUUGCCUCAGGAUUUCUGCACGACCGUCUGCCGUCCCCAGAAGCCUGACUGCCCUGAUGGCGAGGUUGCCAGUGGCAAUGAGAGCUGCUGGGGCUGCUGCAAGCCCAUCGUGGCCAGAGCCGACGUCUGCACCACAGAAUGUCGUCCCCCGAAGCCUGAAUGUCCUGAAGGCGAGGCACCCACCGGCAACGAGAACUGCUGGGGCUGCUGCCAGCCAGUCAAGAACGCCCGUGUCCCCGCCAACGAGACAACCGUCUGCAUCGACGUCUGCCGCCCCGAAAAACCCGAAUGUCCUACCGGAGAGGCACCCACCGGCAGCGAAGGUUGCUGGGGAUGCUGCGAGGCUAUUCCUACUACGCGUCCCUGCACUUUAGAAUGCAAGCUCGAGAAGCCCGAGUGUCCCGCUGGCGAGGCCCCUACUGGCGGCGAAGGCUGCUGGGGAUGCUGCCAACCGAUUCAGAACGAAACAAGGGCCAACGAUACGACGAUCUGCACCGAUGUCUGUCGUCCCGAGAAGCCUGAAUGUCCUACCGGCGAAGCUCCCACUGGCCAGGAAGGUUGCUGGGGAUGCUGUGAGCCUAUUCCCGAGACCCGUCCGUGUACCCUGGAAUGCAAGCUCGAGAAGCCUGAAUGCCCUGCCGGCGAGGCUCCUACUGGUGGCGAGGGCUGCUGGGGCUGCUGCCAGCCUGUCGAAAAGUCCACCGAGGAGAACGUCAGUCCUGCUGAAAAAGAAGCCUGCCUUGCUGUUUGCAGGCCUGAGAAGCCCGAAUGUCCUGCUGGCGAAGCCCCUACUGGCAAGGAAGGCUGCUGGGGAUGUUGUGAGCCUACUGCGUGA